GCCGCCCCUGCCCCGGGCCGGGCUGCGCGCGCGCCUGCCCCUGCGCGGCGGGUCCAGCGGGGACGGGCCCGGCCUGGGGACCCGGCGCUUCGGAGCCUUCUGGGCCUGGGCUGGAGCCUGCGCCGCCUGCAGGGCCUGUUGGGCGGGCAGCAGCGAGGAGGAGCCGGAAGAGUUCCAGGGCUUCCCUCCCGAUGAGCCUGUCUCCCAGAGUUCCUUGCGCGCCGCCCUGCGCUCCCAGAGAGGUGUGUCGCCACAAGCCAGCGGCAGGAAGAAGAGGGACGUGUCCUUGCUUGCGGCCCCCUCCCAGGCGCCGGCCACGCCGAGGAAGGGCGAGGCCCAGCGGGAGCGCAUGGUCAGGGCCCUGGCCGAGCUGCUCCAGAGAUCUAGGCCCCCGCCGGCCAAGCCCCCUCCAGGCGCCAGCCCCACCCAAGCCACCAGGACGCCUCCCAAGCAGGACCCAGGGCCCUCUGAGGCCAUGCCCCCUUCCCCAGCCCCCGGCAGCCCCCCGAGGGGGAAGAGCCAUGACCCCAUGGUGCCCCACCGGCCGCGAGGCCGCCCUCGCGGCUCCUUCAAGAAGAAGCCGGGAGCCCCUCAGCGGGGUGCCAAGGCUCCCGGCGCUGCCCCAGCGCCCCCCAGGAAGAGCCAGCAGCCUGCCUCUGGUGCCAGCCUGAGCUCCCGGAGGAAGGGCCCUGGGCGUGGGCGGAAGAAAUUGCCCCUGCUGCUCAAGUUUGUCUCCAAAGCAAAACGGCUGAAGUCGGGGCGGGUGGUGUUGGCCCGUGCCAGACUAAAGCCCCCCGUGGGCAGGAAGCAGGGCAGCAAGAGGAGGAAGAGCAGCCCACCAAGGAGGGGGGAUGUUUUGCCGGGGGACUCCCCCACUCCCCCUGCCCCUGCUCCAGAGCAGCUGCCCCGUGAGGCACCAGCUGAGCCAGCCUCUCCGACCCAAGCCCGGUGGAAGCGCCGGAGACGGGCGCGGCGGCUGGCCUGGCGUGAGGGCGCCGUGGAGGAGAGGCCGGGGUCGCCCCCGUGUCCGGCCCAGGCAGAGGAGGAGUCAGCUGCCCCGGCAUCCAUCGCCCAGUCCACGCGGGCACAGUGUCUGAAGCGGGGGCGGGGCCGGCCGCCCCUCACCCCCAGUCAGCGGGCUGAGCGGGUGGCGGCUGCCCAGCGGGAGGGGGCUGGCACGGUGGGCGAGGAGCCCCCCGGGCACAAAGCCACCUUCCUGAAGAACAUCCGCCAGUUCAUCAUGCCUGUGGUGAGCGCCCGCUCCUGCCGCCUCAUCCGUCCUCCCCGGCGCUUCAUGGACGAGCCCCCCCGACGAGCGCCCCGGGCCAAGGCCCCUGAAAUGGAGGUGCUGCCCCGUGGGGAGCCCCCGGCCCCACAGCAAGCCCCUGGCCAGGAGGUGGCACCUGGCCAGCCCCCCCGCUCUCCUGACGAGUACCCCUCCCCCCUCUCAUCACCCCCUCCUUCCCCUGGCCUCUCACCCCCAGCCUCCCCUCUCCCCAGCCUCCUCGGCAAGCGGCGCUCUAUCCUGCGGGAGCCCACCUUCCGCUGGACCUCCCUCAGCACCUCGCCGCCUCUGCCCCCCGAGGCGGGCAAGUCCCUCUUCCAGCUGCCCCCUGAGGAGCCCCACCUCUUCCCGGCUGGCCCCCUCCUGGCCCCCUCCCCGCUGGCCAGGCGGCCCCCGCUGCUCCGGGCCCCUCAGUUCACCCCCAGCGAGGCCCACCUGAAGAUUUAUGAGUCUCUGACAGUGUCGGCUGAGGAGCCAGAGCCCGUGUGCCUCAGCGAGGCCGGGAAGGACCCCCCACUGUCCCCUGUGCCCCGGCCAGAGCCCCCCUCCCCCCACUACGAGCCCGUGAUGACCCGCAGUGGCAAGCGGCUGCUGGGCCGAACCAACCACCUGACCCUGCCCCUCUUUGGGGAGCCCCCCCAGCACCUGCCUGUUCCCCCGGACACGGAGCUGAUCAAGAUGGAGGACGUGGACGCGCCAGGCGUGGUGCGUAAAGUGGCCAUCCGCCGCGUGGCCUCACUGGCCAGCCAUGAGUCCGAGGAGGAGGAGGGCUCAGGGUGUGAGGCUGAGGAGCAGGGAGCUGUGGCGCCCGCCCGGGAGGAGGCAGCACCAGCUGCACAGCCGGCCCAGCUGUCUGGCAUGGACAAAGUCUACAGUCUGCUGACUCGCGCCAAGGUGCAGCUCUUCAAAAUCGACCAGCAGCAGCUGCUCAGAUUGGCCCCGCCAUCACCCAGCGUCAAAUCGGAGGAGAGUGCAGAGGCUGUGCCAGGGGAGGCUGAGCCGGAGCUGGCCAGCACGGACAGGAAUGAGACCAGGAAACUGGGCCAGGAGUCCCCAGUGCAGGGUCCCCGGAUCAAGCACGUGUGCCGGCAUGCGGCGGUGGCGCUGGGCCAGUCACGUGCCAUGGUGCCCGAGGACGUGCCCCGCCUGAGCGCCCUGCCCCUGCGCGAGCGGGAGGAGAUCGCUGCCUCGCCGGCCGCCGAGGAGACCUCCUCGGCCUCAGAGAGUGAGGGCGGGCGAGCACGACGGGGGAAGGUGGAGCCAGUGGCAGUGAAAGCCCCGCCCCCCGUGCGCCGCCCCACCCCCCACCACCAUCACUCAGGCAAGAAGAACCGCAUGACCCGCUGCGGCAAGUGCAAGGGCUGCCUGAAGCUGCAGGACUGUGGGACCUGCGUCAACUGUCUGGACAAGCCCAAGUUCGGGGGACCCAACACCAAGAAACAGUGCUGUGUGUACCGCAAGUGCGAUAAGAUUGAGGCACGCAAGAUGGAGCGGCUCUCCAAGAAAGGUCGCACGGUGGUGAAGCCGGUGAUGGCGCGGGACUCGGAGGACUCACAGGAGGAAUUCCCGGCACCCUGGGAGCUGAUGCUGGGGGCGACGGAGACAGCAGAGCAGGAGGCCCUGCUGCAGCGCAAGUCAGCCCGGCGCUGUGUCAAGCAGAGACCCUCCUAUGACAUCUUUGAGUCCACGGACGACUCGGAUGCCGAGCCCCGGCCCGGCUCUGCCACGCCCCGCAGGAAGCCCUCCCGCGACUCGGACCUGCUCCCCAUGGAGGCGGAGGAGCAGAGCCGGCCACGGAGAACGCCGCUGCAGCCUGUCGUGCAGCUCAAGGCAAGGAGGAGGCUGGAGAAGGACACACUCUCCUCUGGCUCAUUCCCUUCCUUCCCCAACGGCUGGAACGGGAAGCAGAAAUCCACUGACGGCGUCCACCGGCUGCGCGUUGACUUCAAGGAGGACUGUGACUUGGAGAAUGUGUGGCUGAUGGGGGGGCUCAGCAUCCUGACCUCCGUGCCUGUCACUGCCCAGCUCAUGUGCCUGCUCUGCGCCAGCAAGGGCUUCCACGAGCUGGUGUUCUGCCAGGUUUGCUGCGACCCCUUCCACGUGUUCUGCCUGGAGGAGGACGAGCAGCCGCAGCGGGAGCAGGAGGAGAAUUGGUGCUGUCGCCGCUGCAAAUUCUGCCAUGUGUGCGGGCGCAAGAACAAGGUCUCCAAGCCACUGCUGGAGUGUGAGCGCUGCCGCAACUGCUACCACCCAGCCUGCCUGGGCCCCAACUACCCGAGCAAGCCCAUCCGCAAGAAGCGGGGCUGGAUCUGCUCUGCCUGCAUCCGCUGCAAGAGCUGUGGGGCUGCCCCAGGGAAGAACUGGGACACGGAGUGGUCCCAUGAUUACAGCCUCUGCCCCCCCUGCUCCCUGCUCUAUGACAAAGGUAACUACUGCCCCAUCUGCUCUCACUGCUACGAGGACAACGACUACGAGAGCAAGAUGAUGCAAUGCGCUAAGUGCGAGCACUGGGUUCACGCCAAAUGCGAGGGGCUCUCAGACGAGGACUAUGAGAUCUUGUCCAGCCUGCCAGAGAGCGUGGUCUACACCUGCCGGCCCUGCUCUGGCAGCGACAAGGCCAAGUGGCGGGACGUCCUCACCUCGGAGCUGCGCAAGGGGCUGCGCAAUGUGCUGCAGGGGAUGCUGGCCUCCCAGCACGCCGAGCCCCUGCUGCAGUGUGCCCAGUGCUGCCCAGACGACGGCGUGAAGGUGCACCGGCGGCCCUGCAACCUGCGCACCGUCAGCAAGCUCUUCGAACAGGGCCACUACAGCUCCGUGCACGCGUUCAGCGAGGACGUGGUGGGCAUCCUGCUGCAGCACCUGGAGGAGCGUGAGGGCCUCGAGGAGGAGCAGGGGGCUCCCUCCGUCAAGGCGCUCUACAUUGAGCUCAUGGCGCGCUCAUUCAGCUGGUUCAAUGCACAGGACGCCAAGUGCUGGCAGCGGCGCAGCUGCCUCCCCAAUGGCAUGCUGCCCGACGCCGUGCUGCCCCCCUCCUCCGAUCACAUGUAUGCACAGUGGCGCCGGCCCGAGGAGCCCAGUGCCACCGAGAACGGCCAGCUGGCACCCGGAGCCAUGGGCACCAGGCCUCUCUCCUACCCCCACACCCCCUCCGUGCCAUCGGGUCUCCGCCCCCAGCAGCUCUCACCCCCUCUCCCUGCAGGUGGGAAGGGCCAGGAGGUGGUGCUGGCGAAGCAGGGGCUGGGCAGCGGUGCUGAGGACAAGCGUCAGUGCGCCCUGUGCCUUCAGUACGGGGACGCCCCCUCCAAGGAUGCGGGGCGGCUCCUGUACAUCGGCCAGAACGAGUGGACCCAUGUCAACUGCGCCAUCUGGUCGGCCGAGGUCUUUGAGGAGAACGACGGGUCCCUGAAGAACGUGCACGCCGCCGUGGUGCGGGGGCGCCAGAUGCGCUGCGAGCACUGCCAGCGCACUGGCGCCACGGUGGGCUGCUGCCUGUCGGCCUGUCUCAGCAAUUACCACUUCAUGUGCGCCCGCCUGCGCUGCUGCACCUUCCAGGAGGACAAGAAGGUUUUCUGCCAGAAGCACACGGACCUGCUGGAUGGGACGGAGAUCGUCACCGAGGACGGGUUCGACGUGCUGCGCCGGGUCUAUGUGGACUUUGAGGGCAUCAGCUUCAAGAGGAAAUUCAUGGUUGGCCUCGAACCCGACACUGUCAACAUGAUGAUCGGUUCCAUCAAGAUUGACAGUCUGGGGCUGCUGACGGACCUGUCGGAGUGCGAGGGACGUCUCUUCCCUGUUGGCUACCAGUGUACCCGGCUGUACUGGAGCACGGUAGAUGCCCGGAGGCGCUGCUGGUACAAGUGCCGAAUCCUGGAGUGCCGGCCCCAGCUGAGCCAGAAGGAGCCAGACCUGCUGGGGGGGCAGGAGGAGAACCGGACCAUCGCGCACAGUCCUGCCACAGAUGCUCACCUCGGGGACCCACACCUCCUGGGCGCAGCACCUGCCAUGCUGGCACCAGAGUGCCACUCACCUUCCCGCAACCCGGGGCCCCUGCCUCCCCCUGAGUCGGCCACCGCCUCUGUGCCCCGCUCCCUGGCUGGAGCCCGCAUCAAAGUGCCCAACUACUCGCCGACGCGCCGGCCCCUGGCCGGGGUCUCCUCCCGGCCGCUGCCGUCACCCAGCAGCACGUCGUCCAUGGCCCAUCACAUCCUGACAGUGGGUGACCCGGACUUCACACCACUGCGCCGCCCCCGGCGCCACAGCCCCCUCUCACCGCGCCCGCCCCCCCGCCGGGCCCCCUCCCCCCCACGCCCCGCCAGGACUCGGCCGCUGGGCCCCAUCUCUCUCAGGGCAGGAGCCGCUCCCCCAGGGAGCAGCCCGCAGCACCCGCCUACCUCAGCCAGGCCCGGCCCACCUACCUCCCCCCCGGCGCUGCCCCCCGAACUGGCCUUCGACGAGCUCAAUGUCUCGGACCUGGAGUUCGACGACAGCCUGCUGGACGAGACCUUCCACGAGGGGGGCGAGGGGCGGGGGCCCUGCUCCUCGCCUGGCCUGCCCCUGGCCGGCCCCAGCGACGAAGACGAGGAGGAGGAAGGGGCCGGGGGCACCGGGCGCUACUUCCACUUCCCCCGCAGAGUGGUGACACGGGAGUUGGACCUGGCGCCGUUCCCACUGGACCUGCCGCUGCCCCACAUCGACCAGCUGGAUGGGGUGGAUGAUGGGGAGGGCGAGGGGCGGGGUGCCAAUGGCAAGCGGGUGGAGCCAGGGGCGGAGCAGGGGUCGGCCGGCCCUGCCCCCCCACCUGAGGACCUGCCCUCAGAGAUCGUGGACUUUGUGCUGAAGAACCUGGGUGAGGGCAAGGCCCCGGAGCCCAGCGUGAAUGGCAGCGAGGCAGGCCCCGCGCCUGAGCCGGCCCGUGCCUUGGGCUGGGUGCCAGGCAGCCCGGGCGUCCGGGUGCUGGGCCCCGAGGCCCCUGCCCCCCCCAAGCCUGGCUCCAAGGUCAUUCUGGUCAACAAGCUGGGACAGGUGUUUGUCAAGAUGCAGGGUGGGGAGGAGGCGCCGGCGGGGGGCGGCCUGGAGGGGCCGGGCGCCCCUGCCAAGCCAGGCCCAGCUCUGCCCCCGCAACCCGCAGCCAGCCUGGGCACAGUGAUCUUCCGUGCCGCGGCCCCGCUCGGCGUGGCCAGGAGCCCAGUGCCCACCUGGACCAUCCGAGCGCCGGUUCUCAGCAUGGUGCCCAUGGUGAAUGUGCUGCAGCCGUCAGGUGCUGGGGGGCAGCUCACCCUGGGCCCCUCGGCCCUGGUCACGCCCUCGCUGGGACUGUCUCAGCCCUGUCUGCUGCAGCGCCUGGCCCUCAACUCAGGUCUGCUCCACCUGCCUGUCCCCCCGCCCCAGCCGCACCCCCACCAGUUCCCCAGCAGUGCCAAGAGGGUUUCUGCUGUCGCUGGUGCCCCCCCCAAGAGGCCCAAGCUGGAGGAAGAUGAGGAGCCGCUGCCCCCUGCGUCGCCAGCUGGUGCCCCCGACAGCCAGAGCAGGAACGGCUUCGCCAGCCCCCCGCAGGGCCCUGGGCCCGGCCGGGUGCGGAUGAAGACUCCCUCGGUGAAGAGCGUCCUGGAGCUGGUGGCGCGGAAGGAGCAGGCGGAGCUGAGCGAUGGGGGCAGCACAGGGUCACCCUCAGAUCCCUCCCUGGCCCCGGAGUGCAGCCCCCGCAUGCCGGAUCCCAGCCUGGAGCCUCUGCCGGAGCCCACGUGGCAUCGCUACACAGGGGAGCUGUCGAGCUCUGAUGAGGACACCCUGUACUGCGAGGAUAAGGAGAACGAGGUGCCACCCAAGAGCCAGCCGCACCUACGUUUUGAGAUCAGCAGCGAGGAUGGGCUCAGCGUGCAGGCGGACAGUAUCGAUGGUGCCUGGAAGGCUGUGAUUGAGAAAGUGCAGGAGGCACGAGCCAACGCCCGCCUCAAGCACCUGUCAUUUGCUGGCAUGAAUGGGGUGCGUCUGCUGGGCAUGCACCACGAUGCCGUCACCUUCCUGGUGGAGCAGCUGCACGGAGCCAAGUCCUGCCACAAGUACAAGUUCCGCUACCACCAGCAUGAGGAGGAGGAGGAACCGCUGCCCCUGAACCCCAGUGGCUGCGCCCGUGCCGAGGUCUACGUCAGGAAAUGCACCUUUGACAUGUUCAACUUCCUGGCGUCGCAGCACCGCACACUGCCCGAGGGCGGCACCUAUGAUGAGGAGGAGGAUGAGGUGCAGCUGAAAUCCACCAGACGAGCCACCAGCCUGGAGCUGCCCAUGGCCAUGCGCUUCCGGCACCUCAAGAGAACCUCCAAGGAGGCUGUGGGCGUGUACAGGUCGGCCAUCCACGGGCGCGGGCUGUUCUGCAAACGCACCAUCGAUGCGGGCGAGAUGGUCAUCGAGUACUCGGGCAUCGUCAUCCGCUCAGUGCUGACCGACAAGCGCGAGAAGUACUACGAUGGCAAGGGCAUCGGCUGCUACAUGUUCCGCAUUGACGACUUCGACGUGGUGGACGCCACGAUGCACGGCAACGCCGCCCGCUUCAUCAACCACUCGUGCGAGCCCAACUGCUACUCGCGCGUCAUUCACGUGGAGGGGCAGAAGCACAUCGUGAUCUUCGCCCUGCGGCGCAUCUUCCGCGGCGAGGAGCUCACCUACGACUACAAGUUCCCCAUCGAGGACGCUGGCUCCAAGCUGCCCUGCAACUGCGGGGCCAAGCGCUGCCGCCGGUUCCUCAACUAGCGCCCACUGCUCUACCUGGGGCGCCCACCUUGGGGAGCUGGGCUCAGCCCCCUCCAGAGCCCCCUGAUUUCCUGCUACCUCCCCCCCAUCCUCCCCUCUGCCAGGCCCCCAGCAGCCCAGUGCUGGGCUUUUGUGGGGCCAGGGAGCCCAGCUGCUCAAUCCCCCAGACACUGGCCUGGGGAGGAAGGGCCCCUAGCGUCGGUGCUGGGGGCAGGGCCCGGUGCCCUAGACUCCUCCGCUGUGAUCUCCCCCUUCCCCCCCCAACCCCUGGUUCCAGGGCAGCUUGUGGCUCCUGCCCCUUUCCUGGGCGGGGAGGAGCAAGACUUGACUUGGGGCAGGCCCCUUGGGGAACAGGGUCUUGCCCCUUUUUCAGAGCCCCCCAUGUGGGCUGGGCUAGUGGGGUUUGAGCACGACCCCCCUGCUGAGCUGCACUAGCAGAGGCACGAGGUGUGUGUGUGUGUAUGUGGGGGGGGGGGUGAGUUUGCCCAGCCCCCACCUCCUGAGUCUGGACUCCCAGCUCCGGCCUGGGGGCUGCUUUCCUUUUUGUAUGGGGAGGGUAUGAGUGGGGGGCGGGGGGCCAGGGCAGGCCCCCCUGCGGCCCCCCAACCCUGUAGAUAUUUGUACAGAUGUUUCUAAACCUGUUUAUUUUCUAUGCACUUUUUUAUUUAAAGCGGUGAGUCGGCCCUGUGCCCCCCGGCCCCGCCCCGUUGGUAUAAUUUUAAAUAAAAGGCCAUUUUCACA